AUUUUCACUGCUAGCCUGCUAACGAUGAUUCAAUGCGUUCGUAAAAAAACGAGUUUGCCGAAAUAGGCGGUCAUUUAUUCAUUUUCGUUUGCUUGAAACACGCUCCAUCGACAGCUCGUUUCCGAUGUGCGGUCAGUGCAAGCUAAAGGACCGACGAGAGCGGAGAGAUCGCCUUGCCUACCGUCCUUUAGCCGCCUCUGAAUCCAGCUAACACUGCUAACACCUCAGCGGAGAUCUCGCUAGCUGGCUGGCUGACAGCUGCUUCGGUUAGCUGCGUGCCUUCUGCAGUAGCGUAGCUGAGAUUCACUCCCAGAAACGAUGAAUUGUCUCUGACAUUGAGAGGACUGAGGCCCAGUUGGUUAUCACAUUGGAGUAACCUGAGCCCAGAACUAGCAGCGGUGGGUCUUGGUUGACUUUACGGUGGUGCCAUUGAAGAUAACCGGGUGAGCCGUCGCUCAACCUGCCGAUGCACACCUGGUUUUGACCUGCAAGAGCUGCCAAUAUGAUGCCGAUGAUAUUGACGGUGUACCUCAGUGAUGGGGAACAGGCUGUGACUGAGGUGCCCAUCACCCCUGAGACGACGUGCCGGGAUGUCGUCGAGUUCUGCAAAGAGCCCGGCGAGAGCGGCUGCCACCUGGCUGAGGUCUGGAGAGGCAACGAGCGAGCGAUCCCCUUCGAACACAUGAUGUAUGAGCAUCUGCAGAAAUGGGGGCCUCGGAAACAAGAAGUCAAGUUCUUCCUCCGGCAUGAAGAUUCACCGACUGAGAGCAGUGAUCAAGGGAGUCAGCAGUCUCAGGAUCAGACGAGUCGCAGGAGUGGAAACACUGGAGAGAAGCACAAUGAGAACGGGGUGGGGAAUCAGCGUGUGGAGCUCACGCUGUCAGAGCUGCAGGAGAUGGCCACACGGCAGCAGCAGCAAAUCGAGGCUCAGCAGCAGAUGCUCGUUGCAAAGGAGCAACGUUUGCGUUACCUGAAGCAGCAGGAGCGGCGCCAGCAGCAAACCGUUUCAGAGAGCGAGAAGCUGCAGAGGCUGAAGGAGCGCGUGGAGAGCCAGGAGGCGAAGCUCAAGAAGAUUCGAGCAAUGAGGGGCCAGGUGGACUACAGCAAGGUCAUCAAUGGCAACCUGUCGGCAGAGAUUGAGCAGGUCAGCGGCCUGUUCCAAGAGAAGCAGGCAGAGUUACAAUCUGCAGUGCUGAGAGUGGAGCAGCUCAGCCUGCAGCUGGAGGACCUGCGGAGAGGAAAGCUUAAUGGCAUACAGACCGCCCUGGGUGGCCAAGUAACCGGAGCUGCAGCCUUAGAGCUCCGUAAACUCUACCAGGAACUUCAGAUCCGUAACAAGUUGAACCAGGAACAAAACAGCAAGCUGCAGCAACAGAAGGAGCUUCUCAACAAGCGCAACAUGGAGGUGACACUCAUGGACAAGCGCAUCAGUGAGCUGCGGGAACGCCUCUACAAGAAAAAAGCUGAGGCACGUCAAAAAGAAAACCUUCCUCUGAACAGAGCCAACGGGCCUCCGUCUCCCCAGCCAGCUCCUGGUACUCUGGGACGUGUCGCUGCCGUCGGGCCGUACAUCCAGGUCCCUGUACCGGGCCGGCAGGAAGGAGGCUACACCAUACCACCUGAUCCACUGAAGCCUGCGACUCUGGGCGUCAAUAACCAAGCCAACCAGAGCCGCACCACCAAGUCAGCUAAUGAUACUGGUUGGCCUACUUUAGGCAAGACCAGCACAUCUCUAAAGCCUCCUGAGAGACGAGACUCAGGGACCGAUACACAGGGCAAGAGCCCUCCCUCAGGCUCCCCCGUCGCUCCAAGUGCAGAAAAGGUGCUAGACUCCAAAAUGGCUGUGACCUCCCCUGCCAUAUCCAAGCCACAGCCGCCUCCCUACGGCUCCCACCUCACCUCCGCAAACUCAGCCAGCUCCUUGGAGCGGCGCAAGGAUGCACCUCCUCCUCCUCGCCCGCUCCCAAACCCACCAGCUCCUGUUUGGCCCCGCGUCCCCCCGUCCACAGGCUCGUCCUCCCAGCAGAUCCAGCAGCGAAUCUCGGUGCCGCCAAGUCCCACCUUCCAGCCUAACGCACCGCUUUUCCCUCCUGCACUGAGCGAGCGACUGGAUCCCCCGCCAGCUGUGGCAGUACGCCCCUUCAUGCCAGACAGAGGAUCACGGCCUCAGUCGCCCAGAAAGGGCCCACCCACCAUGAACUCCAGCUCCAUCUAUCACAUGUACCUCCAGCAGGCAGCGCCAAAGAGCCAGCCUCUCAAGCCUGCUCUCAAAGCAGUAUACGGGAAGCCUGUCCUUCCCCCCAGCUCGACACCCCCCUCGCCUCUGCCUUUCGUCCAGGCAGGAGGGGCCUUCCCGUUGCUUCAGGGCCAUCCCGGUGGUGAGGACACUUUGGACGGAGAGUUUGAUGAUCACGAGUUCUUCCAGCACCCAGAGCCCUUAGCGCCUCCUCCCAGUGUGGAGAACAUCCCACGACCUCUCAGCCCCACGAAGCUAACACCCAUGGUACACUCCCCACUGCGCUACCAAAGUGACGCCGAUCUUGAGGUGCUCCGUAAAAAACUGGCCAACGCGCCGAGACCGCUGAAGAAGCGGAGCUCCAUAACAGAACCAGAGGGCCCCAGCGGACCAAACAUCCAGAAACUGCUCUACCAGAGAUUCAACACUUUGGCAGGAGGCAUAGAGGGAAAUGGAGUCAGUGGAUCAGGAGGUGGCAACGGUGCAGGUAACGGGACGCCGUUUUAUCAGCCCGCUAAUCCUCCUGCGUAUCUGGGAGGCGACUCUGUGGCCGAUACAGACAAUGGCAACCUGCCCUCUGAGACACCUCUACCACCACCACCAGGGGCAGAGGAGCUGGGCUCUGAGGUGCCACCGCCAUCUACUGACGCCAAUGACAACGAGCCACUGCCCUCGCCACCAGAGCUGGAUGCCGCUGACGCAGAGGAAGCAGAGGACGACAACAACAACAACGUGGGAGGCUCUGAGGCGUCGUUGCCCAGCCCCGUGCUGGAGGUGACCACUCCAGAAGAGAGCGGCACAGCGGUCUCACAGCCCCUGGAGAAGCGCACCAACCUGAAGAAGCCGAAUUCCGAGCGAACUGGCCACGGCUUCAGGGUGAAGUUCAACCCUCUGGCCCUCCUGCUGGACGCCUCACUGGAGGGAGAGUUUGACCUUGUCCAGAGGAUCAUCUAUGAGGUGGAGAAUCCCAGCACUCCCAAUGACGAGGGCAUCACGCCUCUCCACAACGCAGUGUGUGCAGGACAUCACCACAUAGUCAAGUUCCUGCUGGAUUUUGGUGUGAACGUCAACGCAGCAGACAGUGACGGAUGGACUCCGCUUCACUGUGCCGCCUCCUGCAACAGCGUUCAUCUCUGCAAGUUAUUGGUCGAGUCAGGGGCCGCCAUCUUUGCCAGUACCAUUAGUGAUGUGGAGACUGCUGCAGAUAAGUGCGAGGAAAUGGAGGAGGGUUACAUCCAGUGCUCCCAGUUUCUAUAUGGUGUUCAGGAGAAGUUGGGUGUUAUGAACAAGGGGACAGUUUACGCUCUGUGGGAUUACAAACCUCAGAACCAGGAUGAGCUGGCGUUCAGCGAAGGCGACGCCAUCACUAUCCUACGACGACAGGAUGACAGUGAAACAGAGUGGUGGUGGGCACGACUCGAGGACAACGAGGGCUACGUGCCCCGCAACCUGCUGGGGCUCUAUCCUAGGAUCAAGCCUCGUCAGCGCUCGCUGGCAUAGUGUCUCACUCCACUGACCUCUGGCUAACAGCUGGACUAGUGACAAAACCAAGAGCAGAGAACAAAAGAGCCUGGUGCUCUGUCUCUUCUCCCCGUGGCCAUAACCUCCCCCGGCCUUGUGCUUCUCACAAAUUCCCUUUUUCUCUGAAGCAGCGGGCACCGAACUCCGACACACAUAAUUUACACAUACACACAUAGAUGCACACGCAAUGAAAAACAAGCACUCCAAAUGUGAAAAUCUCUUAAACCACUCCACCCUGAUCCCUCCCUCCCUCUUCUGUCAUUGUCCCAACUUGAUUUUACCCGAUUCAGUGUCAGCUCUGUAUCAGACAUCAACUUGAAGAAUAAAACACUAACCCUUGUCUCAGUGUUUCUUACAGUGUUCACACUUCUUCAGCCAUGACUUCUAUGGUGGCACUGGUUUACACAACUCUAAAUGGUGGCUGGAAAAUCAACUCUAAUGGUGAGACGUUGCUUUGCUGUUUGUUUGUUUUUUGGGUUUUUUUUUUUUUAGUGAAAUGUAAUUUUAGUUACAAAAUGUAAUGCAAUUUGUAAUGCUAAUUUGAUCCCCAUGCAAGAAAAACACUAAUGCAGAAAAAUGGUCCCUCUGUGUUCGAUUUUUCUGUAGUCUAACCACCAAAGAAUAUAGAUUUAAUGAUUUUAAUUCUAAUACUCCUUACGGAAUAAUUGAUAAUCAGUUGAUUUGCUGCUAUCAUUAAUGAAUAACAACUCCAAGGAGUUGGUUUAAAGUCUUUCUAGACAUUCUGAGAAGGAAAAUGGAAAAUUAUGUGAAUCCUCAGUAUUAAAGAUGCAGGUCAGUCAGAACAAAUCCAAAGUAUUAAAGCAAAGAUGAUUAGAUAGAUUGAUGGCUCACAAAAAAAAUCAUGAAUUGCAUUUCAUGAUCAUCAUCGCAAGACGUGUUUUUUCAUUCAGUGACCACGUUUACGUGCACAAAAUAUUCUGGUUUUUACCCUUAUUCCGAGAAAAACAAUAUUCCUACUAAACUGUUUACAUGGCUACUGAAAAUUAAUAUUCCACUAAUGUUCCUGCUUACAUGCAGCUGUGCAUACUCCAAUGAACAUGCCCUAACACACUGGUUCCCAACUGGUUGCCAAAGCUUUACAAGGGAUCACAAGGCCCUCUUGUGGUGUAAGAAAACUUCUCAGAGAAAUUACAGUAGGCCUGUAUCUCAGUAUUCAAUGAGUUUCUAUAGAGAAAACUGAAUGAAAUUGUCAUUUUUAAAGUUUGGAUACAUAUGUUUGAAAAAAAUGACAAAAUACAUAAUGCAGGCAGAUAACUACAUAACCUAACUGCAAAUAUCAGGAAAGCUUAUCUCUGAUGCAAAAUUCAGAGGAAAUAAUCUGUUCAGAAUGUAUCCACAUUCUAGUUUCACACAAACGUGCUGCAGUUUUUGCGUUCACUAUUCAAUUGAACAGUUAAUAAGUCUGUUUUGUUUUUGUUAUACAUUGAAUCUAAUUUAAAAUAUCCCUAAAAUAUGCCACUCCGUCAGGGGCUGUCAGUUUACUCAAUAAUAGAAAUUAUGUUCUUCAAGGGAAAAGGUUGGGAACCACUGCCCUAACAUGUCAUUUGUCAUAUUAAAAUAUGGAAAAGUGGAACAGCCGGAACUGCUUUUGUGGCAUCAGAGAUUAUUUUUCUUGUUCUCCAUAGAUUGAGGACUUGUGUUACUGUGCAAACACAGCCUCCCAUUUUCAUUCCUACAACCACCUUCUUAAAAAGGUUGCAUGCAAUCUGUGUGCAUAUCCAAAAAACACUGUCCAAGUCUUUCAUAAUGUUUUAAAGUAGGUGUGAUUUUUCUAUCGACCAGAAAUGUGGGCUUUUUCUAGGGGUGCAUGCAUCCCUUCCCCACAGCCUUGCAAAUUAUUGACAAAUUGGUUUGUAACGAAAAGAGAUGACCAUAAACAGGCAAGAGGCUGUUUGUGUUUCAAACUUAAGUAAAAACUGCGUUUGUUUGUAUGAGGGGGAGUGAGAGAGACACGGAGGAGAAUGUGGAAGGUGGACUAUUGCACGCGAUGCUUCUGUAAGUUAUUAUUAACUCCAAAUACUCCAGGUUCAGCUGCAUUACAAGAUGCAAAGCAAAUCCUUUACAUCUCCCAGCUGCAGAUAACAAUAAGCAUUUCUUCACCUGUUCCUUUUUCUUGUCCGACAGCUUAUUUAAUUGUUCGAAAGUUGUUCGAAUUGGGGGUCAAUGACACUUAAUUCUUCCUUUCAGUUUCUUCCACCAGUUUCCUAAUAAAGAAAUUAAGUAAAAAGCAUACUUUUGGACAUUUGCAUAGCAAAGAUGGAAGGUUCGAAGCAUUUGGGUCAGUCCUAAUUUUGAUGAUUGUUCAGGAUGUGCUGUAUACAUGCCCAAAUAAUGCUUUAGAUAAUAUUGACAUAUCCCACAUCUUAAUUGCAAAAUGCUUCAUUUAAAAAAAAGGCCUAGUUUUGAAUAUCUAAGUGGAAUAUGCUGUUUACAUGACCCGUAUCAAAUUUUGAAUAUUGUCAUCCUCUGAAUAAUAGUGGAAUAUUGGUGUGCAUGUAAACGUAGUCACUGUCGUCUGUUCAGAGUCUGGAUGCGGGAGUUUUGUGGAUGUUCCAGUUUUUCUGUAAUACGAGGUUUCAAGACGUAAACACUGUUUGAAUGAAGAAUCCAAUAUAUAUAUCCAGGUAAUAAUUCUUAUUUCAUGGGAACAAGAUAAAUUUAAAAAAAGAUCACUUUUUGGGACUUUGGGGGCUCCGAAAUAAACAGUAUUUGCUGUACCAAAAAAAGUUGCCAAAUGAGAAACUCUGUCUGCACAUCUGUAGAUUGUGUUUAAAGGUAACAAAUGUAAAAGAUCUCUUAAGGUAUUUCAGGAAUUAGGAAAAAAAGCUAUUUUAUAGUUUCAGACUCCACAGUGUUGAGGUAACGAAUCAGCUCCACACAGAAAAAGAUGUUUUAGAUAGUGUUAUUGGGUCAUGUUUGCUAUUUUCAAGUCAUUUACAGUUUGAAUAAUGCUUUCAGGCAUUUAUAAUAAGUUGGUCCUCACUUCUGAGAUUCAGUAUUUUUCUGAACUCUGGCACCUGUUAAGAGUUUUGUUUCUGUUAUAAUUUAAUGUGGCAAGCAGACCUGCAAGCAGUGUCGACACAUGAAAAGAAGAACUUGCAGAUUUAAUUAAAUCCAGCCACUGCACCCCACCCCCCCAAAAAACCCCACUGAAAUCAACACUCAAACCAUACACUAGCUUUGUUUACCCCACUAGACAAAGUGAACACUUAAUAUUAAUAACCUAUUUUUUCUACCAGCUGCUAAGUAGGUCUCUAUUCAUCUGAUGUUGCAGUUAUUUUUUGUGGCUGUGACAAACCCCACUUGAAAGACUUCAAUCUCAGGACCAACAUGGUGCUGCUGACACUGUUCCACCACUAAACUAGUGAUCAUAUUUUCACUCUCAACAGACAUCACCUUCAUUUGAGCAGCAAACUAAACAAAACAGUCCAAAUUUAAAAAAAAAAAAAAAAAGAAAAGAAAUAAAAAAUACAGAUGAAGAGAGGUUAUUGUGUCUGAAACGUAAAUGUUCAGAUUUGCCUCUGACAAUCCUGAAUUUGCCCAGUUCUCUUCUUCCAGCUGCCCCCUUUCAGGUAUACACCAUUCCAGUAACACUAAAACAUGUGUUAUCUGUCACAUUAUAGAGUCCAUCAUCAACUUGUUCUGAACUGUGAGUGACUGAGUGUUAUGCCAAGUGUGCUAGUGGCCCAGGCUUUACCAUGGCUUAAUCUGUACAUAGUGUGAGGAGAUGUGUUAUAUGUCUGUUUGCUGUAAGGACAAGUGGGCUUUCUGUAUAAACGCUGUACUCACACAUUCAACUCUGUAAAUGUGAACAAUAAAACAGAAGCUCUGGCAUGA